AUGGCGUCGUUAGCGUCGAUUGCUGGUCUACAGGUUUUGCCUGAAGCUGGAGAUGAGAUUUUUGAGGUGGUCAUACUAUGCGCAAUCCUGUUUACACUGGUGAUGAUCCCUGGAGUUGGUUUGGUCUUGUACCGCGACGUCUACGAAUUUCGACAGCAGCAAGAGCUCCGAAAGGACUUAGCUGCCAAGUGCCUGUGCUCAGCAGUCUACAAGCGCUGUACGACCAAGGAGGCAGGUUUGGCGCUCUUCGCGUGUGCAAGCUGUCAGCGGUCCGUCAAGAAGGUCAACUUCUAUUUCUGGCGCUGUGAAACCUGCAGCGGCGAGCGCCCCUUCGGCAACGGUGUGGAACUCUGCUUCCGCUGUGCGCAGGCACGCUUCCCCGAGCUGCGAGCGCCACGGCAGUGCCGGGAGCAAGUGAUGCGUACUGGCAGCCAGGCUUCCGGCUGA